AUGGACGACAAAUUCAAAAAACUCCGUUCAGAGCUUCGAUCAAUUCGCAGCGAGCUGCAUAAUGUAAAGUCAAAAUUGCAAAAGCUGAAGAAUUCGUUGCCAGCUUUUCCUUCUCCUGAAAUUCUCUAUCACAAGAUUGUAGAGACCGUGCGUGACGUUAUGUUUUGCAUUGGUAUACUUGAUAACAUUCAUAAGGAUGUAUGUCUUGUUGAUAACCCCUCUGAGGAGGAUGGGGCUGAUUGGGAAGCAAGGGUGCAAAUUCUUGAAGCGAAAACAGAGAACUGUGAGAUGCAAUUUUGCCUAUUGCGCCUUACGCUGCGAACCCUUUAUGCGAUACCACCAGUGCUAAUUGCGACAAACGAAAUUUCGGAAAGCGCAUGGGAGGCGAUGAUGACCCAGCCGCAGAGUUAUUAUCGAGAAGAUAAAAAAUAUCCCCUACCGAUAGAACUCGAUGUGGUCGAAAACAUCAUUCAAGACCAGUUGAAAUCAGCUAAAGAUGUCCUUGGCUCCCUACGUGCAAUGCGAUCAAAAUUACUUGAGGACGAACGACUAAGCAGAAAGCACCUCGAGGAAACAGUUCUGGAAACCAUGAAAUCCAUUGAAAGCAAACUGCAGGAACUAAAGGAAGCCAGCGAAAAAGCCAACCAGAACCCUUCAAGUGAGGAGGGGGAAGCUGAUGCACCAUGGCAUCAAGAGCAGGAGGCGAUCAGAGCCAACGCUGACUACAUGGAGGGGCUGAUAGUGGACGAUGAAGAAAGUCUCGAGGAACUUACUCGAAAGCAACAGGAGUUAGACGACCAGAUAUUCUGUUUGAGGAACCGCAUCGAGCUGUUGGAGCGCGAACAACCGUGUUUUCCGCGUUCCUUCCUUGGCCUGAUACUCCGUUCCGAAGAAAAGAACAUGCGAUGUGUUUUUUGCAAUGUUCCAGGGGAACAUUACAGCGAUUCGUGCCCGUCUUUAGGCGAUGGAGAAAGCCGACGCGCCGCGGCCAAACAGAGUAAUCGGUGUUUUUUGUGCCUUGAAUGGUGGUGUUCCAGAGGAGCGUCCUGCCCAAAAAACAAAAGCCGAUGCUUCCACUGUGGAAAAUCGGACCACCACUCUGCACUGUGUUGCUUACCUGACGUCGCCAGCAAAAUUCAAAAGGAGAUCGAUCCCUUGAAGCACGAACUCUUCAAAAAACAAAGGCAGCGCGAUGAACUCCGCAAGAAAAUCGACCUGUUCAACAUAGAGCCAUGA